AUGCCUCAUCGACUGUCGAAUACUUUUUCAAGUAACUCCUCGCCAUCAACCGCUUCAUCCUCCGCCGAGAAGGGCCUUAAAAGUUCAUCAAAGACCGGUCGGCUGAGUCAACUGUUUUCGACAUCGCCAAAAUCCAAGGCUGAGCCUCCUACUGCACACGCGACCCUUCUCGCAGCCAGCAAAUCGAACACUACCCCGAGCGCCGGCGUGCCAAGAAGUUCUGUAUCAUUGUCUCUUCCCACAAUUUCACUAUCCACGGCCACUGCCGAUAGCCGCAAUAUGGACGAACCGCCAACAACGCUGUUUCAGCCUCCGUCCCAAGAAGAGAUGAAGCGUUUGACGAAGCAGCAUGCACAAUUCGCUCCGAUCAGCCAUCCAAGCCACAGGUACACAAGUCGGCACCCUGGCGGUCCAUUCCCCGAACCAGUAAUGGACGAACCUCCUUAUUAUUACCUUUUGACUACAUAUAUCAGUUAUUUGAUCCUGAUUGCUUUUGGCCACGUUCGAGACUUUUUUGGCAAGCGAUUCAAGGAAGAGAACUACCGCCACUUGAAACCACGAAAUGGCUAUGGCGCAUUGAAUAGCGACUUUGAUAAUUUUUACGUCCGCCGAUUGAAAUUGCGCAUCAAUGAUUGUUUUGAACGUCCAGUCACUGGUGUACCAGGUCGUUACAUUACACUUAUUGAUCGUUCUACAGAUGACUAUAACCGACACUUUUACUUCACCGGCACGACUACAGAUACAUUGAACAUGAGCUCUUACAACUAUCUUGGAUUCGCUCAAUCGGAAGGUCCAUGCGCCGAUGCUGUUGAAGAAAAUCUCCGAAAGUACGGCAUCAGCACAGUAAGUACCCGUGCCGAGGCCGGAACAUGCGAUUUGCACGUCGAAGUGGAAGACCUCGUGGCCAAGUUCGUUGGAAAAGAGGCGUCGAUGGUUUUCUCUAUGGGAUUCGGUACAAACGCAAAUGUCUUCCCGGCACUGGUCAGCAAAGGGUGUCUUAUCAUUUCGGACGAACUGAACCACGCUUCUAUCAGAUUUGGAGCUCGUCUAUCAGGAGCUUCUAUUGGCAUGUUCAAACAUAAUGACAUGAAAUCAUUGGAAGAGAAACUCCGGGAAGCUAUUUCUCAAGGCCAACCACGUACACACCGGCCAUGGAAGAAGAUUCUGGUUGUUGUAGAGGGUCUUUACUCUAUGGAAGGAUCGAUGUGCAAUUUGCCAGGACUGAUUGAGCUCAAACACAAAUACAAAUUCCACCUCUUCAUUGACGAAGCACACUCUGUUGGUGCCGUUGGACCUCGUGGACGCGGUGUAUGCGAUUACUUUGGAAUUGACACCAAGAAUGUUGAUAUCCUAAUGGGAACGCUCACCAAGUCAUUUGGCGCCAACGGUGGUUAUAUUGCAGCUGACAAGUCAAUGAUUGAUGCUCUUCGGGCUUACAAUGCCGGUGUUAUCUUUGGAGAAGCACCCACGCCACCAAUUCUCACGCAAAUUUUGACUUCCCUCCGGCUGAUCAAUGGCGAUAUCUGCCCAGGUCAGGGAGAGGAGAGACUGCAACGGUUGGCUUUCAACUCACGAUAUCUCCGACUUGGAUUGAAAAGACUUGGAUUCAUUGUUUAUGGACACGACGAUUCCCCUAUUAUUCCUGUUCUCCUCUUCAACCCAGCAAAGAUGCCAGCAUUCUCUCACGAAAUGCUCAAACGCAAAAUCUCCGUGGUCAUCGUCGGUUAUCCUGCAACACCCCUGGUUUCUUCUCGCGCUCGAUUCUGUGUCUCGGCAGCCCACAACAAAGAAGACUUGGACCGGCUUCUCACCGCAUGUGAUGAAAUUGGCAACGUCCUCCAACUCAAAUUCUCCACUGGUAUCGCCGGCGGUGCCCUUCCACCCGCAGAAGGACUUUCGCCUGAACAGGAGAAAGAAUACUACCAACAGCAACAACAACGACUCAACAACCCCAACGCCACAGCCGUACCCCCCCGAUGGCGCAUUGAGGACGUGGUUCGUCGCGGUGCUCUCGAUACGAAGCGCCCCUUGGUUUAA